GUUUCCUAUUACAGAUUAAUGGUGAUUCUCCUGAUCAGUAAAUAAUGGCUGAAUCUUCUGAAAGUGAUGUGGAUGAUGGCUCAGUGAUCAUAACAAAAAAGAGUUUGAAAAAAGCCAUUGCGUUGUUGGAAGAUGAUGAGUCUUCCAAGGAGGCACAUUUUGGUGGACGGAAGGCUGUGAGGGAAUGUCAGCUGCCGUGUCUACAAGCCCACAACCUCUGUGCUGCAGCGGACAUAUUCUCUGGCGACGGUAGCUUCAACAGACAAGUUCUAGAAGAGCUGCGUGUGAGCUUCUUGACAAAUAACUAUCCAGCGGCUGCUAAAUUACUAGAGUGGCUUCUUCACAGAGCUACCAAGCCAGACCUGCCCAUACUGUGGAGGAGUGCUGUGGUUUUAUUUCUCAAUGAAGAUUGCAGUAAUCAGAAGCUUCUUGACGAGUUUCUUGAGAUGUGUGCCGAUCAAAGAUUACCUGAAUCAAAAAUACAUUUGAUAAAACUGUUAGUGUCUUUGCCGGGUCCAGAAAUGAUGGCUGCAAGAACAAAAAAGCUGUCAAGAAAAGUAGGAAGUGAAGUAACUGAUUCAAGAAGUGUGACGGAGAAUGAAGAUCCUGAUGAUCCUGACUGUUUUUUCAGUUAAAAGUGUAGUUCAAUUUAUUUUGUUGUGUUGUCUACACUUAUAUUUUGUAUAAACUUAAAUGUUGAUAACCAUUAGUGCCAAAAUAUUAAUUAUUUAUUAAUACCUUC